AUCAUUUUUACAGUAUUCAUUCAGUUUACAAUUGGACACGGUUGUGAUAAGUCGCGUUAUUUCGAAUCGAAAUUAAAUUAGUUUUCUGUGUUAAAAUGGUUCAAAAAUUCAUUGCUGUUGCUGUUUGUGUUUGCGUGGUAGCUGCAUUUGUGCAGUCUGCACCACAAAAUGCAAGACCAAAUCGUGGUACACAACGUUUCCAAGACAAACAAACAUUUCAAGCCCAGCCACAAUUCCAAGCUCAACAACCAUUUCAAGCCCAAUCAGCCCAUGCUCAAGAUCCAGAAAGACAAUCACGAUUUUUGGUUGUCGAUGAAAAAUUCGAGCAAAAUCCAGACACAAAAGAAUACAAUUUCGACCAAACAUUUGCAAGCGGUGAAAGAUACAAUGAAGAAGGUAAAUUGAAGCAUGUCGAACGAGUCGAUGAAGAAGGCAAUUUGCAACAAAAGGACGUUAUCGUCACUCGUGGAUCAUACACAAUCAUCGAGAAAGACGGUUCCAUGACCAUUGUCAAUUACACCGCUGAUGAAAACGGAUUCCAUCCAGAAAUAAUAACACAAUCACCAGCAGGCAAAUAACUUGUAGAAUAAGACACUAAUAAUAUUCUUAAUUGUUGAUUUAUAUGAAAUAAAUAUUAAUCUUUACCAAGUAAAAAAAAAA